AUGGCGGGAGAAGACAAGGUCCAUUUCUUCGACAUCACCAGCAUCAAUGAGGGACCCCUCAAGGCGUGGUCUCCCAACACCUUCCGCACCCGCCUCGUCCUCAACUUCAAGCGCAUCCCCUACACUCAAUCCUUCCUCUCCUACCCUGAUAUCGCCCCAACUCUCCAAUCCCUCUCCGUUCCCCCAGUCACCAAGCAAUACGUCCCCUACGCCCUCCCCGCCAUUAUCCACAAGCCUUCCCUCUCCGCCAAAAACCCAACCCACUUUGCCAUCAGCGACAGCCUCCAGAUAGCCCUACACCUCGAAUCCGCCUUCCCAGCACCCGAGUACCCCUCCCUCUUCCCGACCCCGGCAAGCUACCCGCUCGCUAUGGCUGUCCUCAAGCUCAUGACCGAAAUCAUGGCCAAACAGUCCCCUAUCGGCCUCCCUAAGGUCCCCGCCUACCUCGACCCUCGCGGCCAAGAAUACUUCAACCGCACCCGCGCGCAGCUCUUCGGCAAGCCGCUCCCUGAAUUAGCCGCCAGGGAUGACGAGCUCGAACGUGUAUGGGAGGCUGUCACGGAGAUCCUGUCCACUCUCGGGACCAUGCUGCGCGGCGAGCCGGGGAAGCAGAAGACCGGUCCGUUCUUCGAGGGUGAUAAGGCCGGAUAUGCGGAUUUGUUGGUUGCGGCGUUUAUGGUGUGGUAUUUGAGGAACGAUAAAAAUGAUUGGGAGAGGAUUAUGAGCGUGGGCGAAGGAGAGUUUCAGAGGUUAUGGGAUGCGUGCUUGCCUUGGUUAGACGGUCAGGGAGAGGAGAUUGAGUGGGAGGUUCCAAAGGCCUAG